AUGACGAUCACGCUCCACGAAGUUGCUUUCAUCAUGGGGUUGCGGGUGGACGGACCGUUAGUGGCAGAAGUUUCCCAAUCAUUAGAGUAUUCCCAAAGUCUUGCAUCUCUGUUGGGGCUCGGGGUGAUGACUACGACUGUCAUGUUUCGAAAUAAGGGAAUUAAUUGGACAAAGGUGCAAGAGCUCUUGAGCAAGCCAUCUGCCACGGACGAGAAGAAGAUGCAAGGAUAUCUGAUGUUUCUACUGGGGUCGGUUUUGUUUGUAGACAAAACAUUUUCGAUGAUGAAGCCGUGGUGGAUUCAUUAUACGAAUGAUAUCGAUGGAGUCGGCCAAUAUUCGUGGGCUGCGGCGUGCUUAGCAAACAUGUACCGACAAUUGGGUAUUGCUACUCGCGUUGGAAUGAACGGACUUUGUGGGUGCCAGAUUCUCCUUCUGUGUUGGAUAUUUGAGUAUUUUCCUUGCUUUUUCAACCAAAGGUUUCCCCGACAUAUACAGAGUUCGAGCCUCGGUGCAGAAAGUGGGUCUCUGGCGGUUGUUGUAGGCAGAAAUUGCAGUAUUAUCGGAAGCAGCUCGACGAAAUGUCAGAAAGAGAUGUUCACUGGACACCAUGCGAGCAAAUUGUCUUUGUUCGCGUGA